AUGUAUCUCAUCCGUCCAGCUUCAAAUGCCGCAAGGAAUCCUUUGAUUCGAAGCAUCUCAUCACUUUGUGCGGGGAACAUCCUCCAAGGUGCCUAUUGGGACUACCGCAUCCUCAACCUCGUUGAAGGAGAUAACACGCACAUCUCCACUGUCUUCAAGGCCGAGGUGAUUCCACAUGAGCACCCUCGUAGCGCCCCGAAAGCCCCUCAAUGGGCUUUUAUCAAAGGAGCUUUACCUGACGAUGCAAUUGCCGUAAAAAAUCUCAACCGUGAACUUCAUGCUUAUAGCCUUCCCGGUGUUGCUUCCUCUCAGUGCUUCCGAAAACUAUAUGAUGUGAUUGAUGAUAGCACAAUCGCCUUAGAAUGGCUAGAUACCACUCUGGCGGAGGUGAAAUACCAGCCUAAUGACAUAGGCACUCAUUCGCUUAUCGUUUCUGUUCUAAGAGCAGCGCUAAAUAGCUGUGCUGUGCUGGCAGGGUCUAGAUAUGUGAACACCGACUAUAAACCCGCUAAUAUUCUUCUUUCUGGCGUUGAAUCUGACUGUAUUACUGCCAAGGUGGGAGAUUUAGGACUGGUAGUCCCUGUUGGCGAGCUGAUCAACGCUCAGCCAUAUGCCAUGCGAGCACCUGAGGUUUUUCUUGGUCAACCGUGUGCAGAGCCAUCGCAGGUCUGGGCAGUUGCCGCGAUGUUGCUGUGCUGGAUUAAACCUGGUGUCUUAGGAAUUUGGGGUAGCACUCAUUUUCUUCUGAACGUGCCUUGGUCCAUGGCCAAAGUCAAGCGGCUCUUCCCUGACUGGAAGAUCCCGACUCCUGACGAGGUCGAUGGCGAUUUUCUCAAGGUCUCAGUAAGCAUUGCCAAAAGUCUUGGUGAAAAUAUGCCCGAGCUACAGGCUCUCUUACCUUUUGACCAGGAGACACAAAAUAUCGAGAUGCCAAACCAGCUGAGAGAUCUUCUUCGUUUUAUGUUGAUACCCAAUCCGGCCGAAAGACCUUCCGCCUCAUCUGUACUAGCAUCGAAGGAACUACGAGGUCUUGAGAAUCUCACAAGCGAAUAUGUUCAUUAA